AUGUCGGCGAUGAAGAAGUGUUUGAGUCACUCAUAUCUGUACCAAAAGCAGUCGAUGACCGCCGAGGAAGAGAUUAUUAGUCUGAAUGUCGGCGGCAAACGAUUCUCGACGUCUCGGCAGACAUUGACAUCGAUUGGCGACACGUUCUUCACGGCUCUGUUGUCCGGACGCAUACUGACGAGACAAUUGACUCUUCACUCAUCGGCACAUCCAUUGUGUCGGUCGUCACACCUGUCGACGGAUCAAGUGAUGGGCCAACAGAUGGAUCGCAACCACAACGACCUCAAACUCACCGCCAAUUGA